AUGAUUAUGAUAUCAGAAUGUAAAAUUGAAUAAGGGUGUGUUCAGUUGAAAUAAAAUGCUGUAUCUCACACCUAUGGAAUAAUUAAUCAAGAACUAUAUAAUUCAGAUAUUUUGAAAUUAUUAUUACAUUUGAUUUUGGAUUUUAACCAAAGUAAUGAUGGAUAGGAGGAUUAAAUUCAAAUUGUGUAAUGGCUGAUUAUUUUAUAAAAAUAUAGUUAAAUAAGCUGCAUUCUAUUGCAAGAACCUGGUUUUGGAAUAUAUUUAAAAACAUAAGAGUGUGUUUACUUAAAAUGA